AUGGCGAACGGAGCAAGCAUAUCUAGUAUGAUCGGCCUCGCAAUAUCCACACUGCUUCUUUGGACAACCUUUAUAACUGUGACAACCGCCCAAUUCCAACCCCUCCACACCUCCUCGCGAUGGAUCCUGGACUCCUCCAACAAGCGCUUCAAGCUGCGCUGCAUAAACUGGGCCGGCCACAUGGAAGCCCACAUCCCCGAAGGUCUACAACAUGCUUCCAUCGAUGCCAUCGCCGCGCUAAUCUCCUCCUCUGGUUUCAACUGCGUUCGCCUCACAUUUAGCAUUGACAUGGCGUUGUCCCAGCAUACGCGCGUUAGCGACAGUUUCGGCACCCUGGCUGCACGGACGGGGGCAGAUAGCGCGGCCGUGGAUGCAUUAUGGCAGCGCGUUAAAGCUAACAAUCCCUGGAUUGCGGACGGAGGUGGGAGUGUUACUGUUGGCGAUACGUUUGGCCGGGUCGUCGACACGCUCGGCGCGAAGAACGUGCGUGUUAUCCUUGACAACCACGUCAGUCGUGCAAGCUGGUGCUGCAAUCUCACCGACGGGAACGGCUGGUGGGACACCGCCCAGGGCUACAACGACGCCAAUUCCCGCUUCUUCAAUACUGCAAACUGGCUCAAAGGCCUAGAAGCUAUGGCGCAGUUUUCCGUCAACCAUCCCGUCGUCGCGGGCAUUGGACUACGCAAUGAACUACGCCCAAUUCCCGUGUUGCAGGACUCCAACAACCACAACGAUUGGUACAAUCUGAUGGCACAAGGUGCGGCGAGCGUGCAUAAUGCGAAUAAAGAUCUGCUGAUUAUGAUGGGCGGUACGAUGUCGGCGACGGAUUCUUCAUUUCUGCGAACACGGCCCCUAGACCGGUCAUCGUUUGGCGAUAAGGUUGUUUGGGAAUGGCAUACCUACACUUUCUCUCCAGCAUGGAUAAUUUCCUUCAAAAACUGCGCGUUAUGGAAGACGGCCGUGGGCGGAUUCACAGGAUUCCUACUUUCCCAAAACCAGGCGUACACCGGUCCGCUGUGGUUAUCUGAAUUCGGCUUCGCAAUGACAGGCGGGACUGCUGAACGCAGCGGGCUCAGCGAGGAGGAUUACAAGUACGCAAAGUGUUUGAUAGAAUAUGUGACGGGCAAUGAUGGGGAUUGGGCGCUGUGGGCUAUCCAAGGGAAUUACUACGUCAGGAACGGGGUUGUGGAUUCCGAUGAGCCGUGGGGAUUAGUUAAUAGUGAUUGGACGGCUUGGAGGAAUCCGGCUGUUAAGCAGUUGUUGGGGAAAAUGUGGGAUGUUACACAGGGUAUCCCAAGAGGUCAUUCCCCCGAUAUCAGGGAACAUCAUAUCCCCAUACCCAACCCAAAUAUCACACCAGCAAGCCCCACCAUAACCGCCAUCGUCGCAACCGGUCUAUCCGCUGCUCCCGUUGUGGAAAGCGUUGUAGUACCAGUCUGA